GUGUCACGGGUGGGCGCUACUCUUCUUGUGGUCCCUGAAUGCAGCACCGUUGAUGACGUUGCAGCAGGAAAACAAACAUGGCGUCCGGGCAGCAGUGGGUGUUGGUGGAAAUGGUUCAGGCGUUUUACGAGGCUCCUGCGUAUCACCUGAUCCUGGAGGGGAUCCUCAUCCUAUGGAUCAUCAGACUGCUCUUCUCCAAGACCUACAAACUCCACGAGACCUACAGACUCACAGAGAAGGAAAAAGAGGACCUGAUUGAGGAGUGGCAGCCCGAGCCUCUGGUUCCUCCUGUGUCUAAAGAUCAUCCUUCACUCAACUACGACGUGGUCACCGGACCUCCGAGUCAUAAAAUCAUCAUCAACGGGAAAGAGUGCAUCAACUUUGCCUCCUUUAACUUCCUGGGUCUCCUGGAUAAUGAGCGAGUGAAGCAAAAAGCUCUGUCGUCCCUGAAGAAGUAUGGCGUGGGUACAUGUGGACCGAGAGGAUUCUACGGGACGUUUGACGUUCACUUGGAGUUGGAGAGCCGUUUGUCCAAAUUCAUGAAAACAGAAGAAGCCAUCAUUUAUUCGUACGGCUUUGCAACCAUCGCCAGCGCAAUCCCGGCGUACUCCAAGAGAGGAGACCUCAUCUUUGUGGAUGAGGCCGCUUGCUUCUCCAUCCAGAAAGGUCUCCAGGCGUCUCGCAGCUUCAUCAAAUACUUCAAACACAACGACAUGGAGGACCUGGAGAGGCUGCUGAAGGAGCAGGAGCUGGAGGACCAGAAGAAUCCUCGUAAAGCUCGAGUGACCCGCAAGUUCAUCGUGGUGGAGGGUCUGUACAUCAACACCGCAGACAUCUGUCCUCUUCCUGAACUGGUGAAGCUGAAGUACAAGUACAAGGUGCGGAUCUUCCUGGAGGAGAGCAUGUCAUUCGGUGUUUUAGGAGAACAUGGCCGAGGAGUCACAGAACACUUCGGAGUCAACAUCGAUGAUAUUGAUCUGAUCAGUGCGAACAUGGAGAACGCUGUGGCGUCCAUCGGAGGGUUCUGCUGCGGACGCUCGUUUGUCAUCGACCAUCAGCGUCUGUCGGGUCAGGGUUACUGUUUCUCCGCCUCUCUGCCUCCCAUGCUGGCGGCUGCAGCCAUCGAGGCGCUGAGCAUCAUGGAGGAGGAUCCAGAUAUCUUCACCAUCCUGAGGGAGAAGAGUCAACAUGUUCACAAAGCUUUAGAGGGGACUCCGGGUUUGAAGUUGGUCGGCGUCCCGUUGGCUCCAGCUCUACACCUCCAGCUGGAGAAAAGUUCAGGAUCCAGAGACGCUGACAUGCAGCUGCUGCGCUCCAUCGUAGAAUAUUGUUUAGAAAGAAACGUGGCUCUGACUCUCGCUCGCUACCUGGAGAAAGAAGAGCGCUUCCUCCCCCCGCCCAGUGUCCGGGUGGUGGUGACAGUGGAGCAGACUGAGGAGGACAUCCAGAAGGCUGUUUCCUGUAUCAGAGACGCAGCCUCAGCUCUCAUUAAAUGAGGAUGAUGGUGAUGAUGAUUAUGGGGAUGAUGAUGAUGAUGAAGGUGAUAGCGAUGUUACUGUAAGCAGAGAUACUGAAGCUUCAGCAGGAGUCCCCCUCAGAAGACCAGGUGGGUCAUCAUCACUGCGAGGGGAACCCUCUGGACUCAGUGCUCUGAUUUACAGACUGUGAGCGCUGCACCCUGAAUGUGUCACAAAGAUCUUCACUGAUUUAAACACUGACAGAUGUUUUUACUGUUUAUUAAUUUUUCCCUUUUUGCCCAAUGUAUCAUGUGCCAUGAUCACACCACGUGUCCAACAUGCUGUGUGUCUCUAUGAAUGUAAGUUAGCAUCCAGCAGUCACUAAUACAGAAACACUCCUCAGA